AUGAAGCUCCAGAAGAUUCUCCUGCCCUUAGUCGCCAUUUCGGCGCAUGGAGCCGGUGUUGCGGCGGCGGCGCAGAUCAGCCUCAACACCAGCACAGGCGGCCUCUCCCCCGGUGCCGCCGCCGGCAUCACAGCAGGCGCAGUCGCCGGUCUCGCAGCCAUCAUCGCAGUUGUGUUCUUGCUGUGGCGGAAGAAGCAAGGCGGGUUGCGAGGGGCGUUGGUGACGGCGGAUUAUCCGAGCGGGAUGAACAUGUCUCCGAUGAAUGCCGGUCCUUCGAGCGGUCCGAGAAGUGGAGGUGGGGGCGCUACUGCUGGGAAUGAAACCGUGCCGAUGGAGAUGGGGGAUGGUGGAGUGAGCCAGGCAGGUGGUCAGGAGGGUAUGAUGAUGCAAAAUGGAACUGGGAUGGGCAUGCGAGGAGGAGGCAAGGAAAGUUUUUAUACCACCAGCACCGAAGAAACCCCCAUCGCCGGUAACGGUUAUGGAACCUCACCCUACGUGAUGCCCCCCGCAAGCAUGAUGCCCCCCGAGCCCGGGUACACCCAACUAGUGCCUCCACCAGCCUCGCAGCAGCACUUGGCGCCCCAGCGCUGGGAAUCAACCGUCUCCCGCCCCGUAAGCGACAUGACAACCAACUCAACCACCGGCCCGACCUUGAACGAGCCCUCCCUCCCCGUCUCGCCGCUCUCACCCCCCUACUACGCCAACACAUUGCCUGCUCCCGCGCCUGCUGCUAUGGGAGGAGGGUAUCAAUCCCCCUACCAACCACCGCAGCCGCAGAGACAGUACUCAGCCUACACUCCGCAAAUCACCCUCACCCAUGACCAAGAACAAGGAGAACAAGCCCCCCGGACAAGCGAGGAGUUCUCGUCGUCACAGCCUCUGCCAAAAACACGUCACCCCAUCGAUCUGGGUAACAGCCCGACCAUCCCGACAUUCUUGAUCCCCGGCGGUGACAGGGCAAGGGCACUGAGCUUUGCCAGCGUGAUGAGUGCGGGCAGUAGCGGGGGACAGGGUUAUGGGCAGCGUUCGGCGGAGGUGAUUGGGUCAGGUCCAAACCCGGGGAGGGCGGCGAUGGUGCCCGUUGCGGAGGAGGAGCCGAAGCCGGCACAAAAGAGGGGGGGGGGGGCGAACGUGAUCCCCAGUUGCAGUGAGCAGAACCGAAGCAAAUAG